AUGGGUGACCGAGUGGUUCUACUACUUUUGCUGAGGCUGCUAUCGCCGCUGCUGCUGCUGAUCCUAGUGCCUUCUACAGCUGCUACUGGGACGCUGCUCCAACUGCCGGGGCUUGCGCAUGUUGGGAGAGUAUCGACCGUCCCCACUACCACCCCCUGUCCCCGCCACCCCACCACCCCACCAUCCCACUACCCUCAGAUCUUACCUCACCACAACACGUCACAUCUCACACGUGGGAUGGCUCUAGACUGGAGGCGCCGGCUGUUCGGAGAGCGGCUGGUGCGUCCUUCCACCGACCCCUCGGACCCCCUCGAGCUCGUCCCCGUGGACGUCCUAGCCCCAGACAAACCUCUGGAGGACAACCCCGUCGUCGGAGUGUACUUCCGCGUCCUCUCCGACAGCUCCAAAGCCGAGGACUCCACCCGCAGGCUGGUAGAUCUGUACUCCGCGGUACGAGGGAGGUUGGAGGUCGUCCAGGUGUUCAUGCCCCCCUGGGUGGGGUUCCGCCAGGACGAAGACAACGAGAGUGUAGCCCGUCUGUUCCGACAGUCCUACCACGGCGUGCCUUGGUACACCAUGCCUAUAGAGGACGAGGUUAAAUGGGUGAGACUGAAGCACAGAUGUAGGGGCAAGGUGGGCAUGCUGGUGUUGCUGUGUGCCCACACGGGCAAGGUGCUGGUGAGGGACGCUAGCUACCACCUCAAUGAUGACCCCACGGGCAGCUGCUUCCCUUGGAUACCUCGUCCUGCUCACAUACUCAUGAGUGAAGCUGCCCAGAAGGGCUUGAUUGCCGGAGGACUCAGGAAAGGACCCAAAAUAAUCCCCUACAGUACAUUGGAUGGUUUCAUCAAGGGGCUGUAUUUCUCAGCACAUUGGUGUCCUCCGUGUAAGGCUUUCACACCUCAACUCAUCGAGUGUUAUCGCAAAAUCAAAGCUCGAGGACACAAGUUUGAAGUGAUAUUCAUCAGUUCAGACAGGAGUGAAGAAUCUUUUGAGAGCUAUCUCUCCACGAUGCCUUGGACAGCUUUGCCUUAUAAGAGCUCUUACUGCAAGGAGCUUGCCUCAAACCUAGAUGUCCAUGGUAUACCCACUCUGAUCCUCCUGGACCCUGAUGGAACCAUUAUCACUGAGGAAGGCAGGAGUGAAGUCAAGGAGGACCUUGAUGGAGAGUGUUUCCCAUGGAGGCAGAGGCCAGUUAACAUUCUGACAGACAGGCUAGCAGAGCUCCUGUAUGAUUCUCCUGCAGUUGUGCUGUUUGUAGAUGGAGACGAAGAUGAAGACUUAGAAUUCGGAGAAGCUGUUUUGCUACCAGUUGCAGAGUGGAUUGCUUCUCGGUCUCUUCAUCUCGACUACGAAUUACUCUUCUUUGUUGCUGUUGAGAACGAGGCCAGCGAAAGUCUGCGUUCCUUCACAAAACUUGAAGAUGCGUCCCCUCUUGUGACAGCAAUAGACUUCCCCCUUAAUAGAUUCAGUGUUAUGGAAUAUGGUGCUGAAAUCACUGAAGACUCUGUCAAGACAUUCGUUUCAAACUUUAUAAGCAAUAAACUUCCAUUUAGACCAAUCAGUAUGAGUGAGAGUACACCUAGUGCAUAGGCAAAUGGUUGCAAUAAAUAAAUAAUUUAGAGAAUAAACUUAUAGGUCGAUGCUAGUCAAAAAUGUUAAAUUUUUAAUAGUCUCAUAGAAAAGAAUUUCUUCCAUAGAGUAUAUUUUGGCCUUAGUAAAUGAAUAUUAAAGAUAAUAGUUUUGUAUAUAAAUAAUUCUGAUCUCAUAUGAAAUAUUUUCAUACAAUCAUGUAGGUACUGAAUGUAAAAUAUUAAUUUGGUUUGUGAUAUAACAUAUUAUUUAAGAGAUAAACUUAUGAUAAUUUUAAAAUGCAUUAUGUACUGUGUUGUUUUGUUUGUUGUUGAAAGUUUGAAUGUUGUGUCGUGGUUUUUAAGUCUGGAAGGGAUAUUGUUCAAACAUAGCAAACAUAAGUGAAAUCACCAUGUUUUUAAAACUAAACUAUAGCUUAGUUCAGCAUAAAUAUCUCUUUGUAUUUUUAUUUUUCUACUGUCAAUACUAUACCCAGUACUACAGAGUUUUAUGACAGUAGAAUUACCACGAUGACGAGAUAAUUUUUCAAAAUGUAAUACAGUAAAACCUAUCACAAUUAAGCUUGAAGAAGAGUCCUGCUCCUCAGCACUUCAUUGAGAAUAGAUCAUUUAGGAGCUUAUAACAUAAACCUUAUCAUGACCUCAAAUCUUUUACAUGGCAAAUCCCUUUUAAUCUAUUCCAAAAUCCCAGCUUUCAUGGGUGUGGACCUUAGAAAUUACUAUAUUGAGGAGACUAUUCCUUAUGAAUGGAAGGGGGUGGAUGGAAAGGAGUUUGACCACUUUGGCAAGAUCAGCUUUUUAUCAAUAAUGAAUCCUAAUAGAUACUGAAUCUUUUACAAUUGAUCUCUUUGAUCAUAGCAAACCGGUUUAAUUCCAUUCCUCAUUCAAAUUUUUUGAAAGGAUGAAGAACAUCACAAACAAUCUCUGAAUGGUCUCUUAAGUUUCUAGAGCUACAGUUUUCCCCUGACGGUGAUUGGUUUACCUUCUAUAGGAAUCGUUCUAGUUUCAGACCAGAUUCCUGUUACCGACUAUCGGCCAUCGGGAGUGUGUUUAUUGAACCAAAGGACAUGCAUGCAAAGGAAACUUCUCAAACACUUUUGCCCUGAGGUGGGUAGGUGUAAACUGGAGGUGCAGAAUGUCAGAAUAUGAAUGACAUUUAGUUAUUAAUUGCACUUUGAUGGCUCUUCCUUGUGAAUUUUUCAAUCUCCAAAGUAACAGUCAAAGCUGAA